AAGAGUCUCUAGGUGGGGGCAUUGUUCGUCACUGCCGCUUAGACUGCAGUUUAUUGCUUCCACGAAGAAGAAUGAUGCGAACGAGGAAGUCAACAUUUUGCAAGAAGCCAGCGUAAGAUACCUUUUGUUUUGUUUUGACAGUUUUCUGGACGAGAUUGCUGUUCAUUUUCAACAAGAUACACAGCAGGACUAAUCCAUAGACCUUAGUUUCUUUUAUUUAUUUAUUUAGUUAAGUGUAUUUUUGUUGACAAUUGGCGACAUUCGGCAUUAGCUGUAAGCUAACUUCACACGCUAGUAACAGAGCUAAUAGGCCUGAAGGCCAUUGUGUGCGCGACGGUCAGAUACUUAAUCUGUUUUAUCAAGCAGACAGUUUAAAGGUUAAGCUUCGUUUGUAAAUAUUAGAUACCACAGUGAAUCAGGUGCUAAGACAACCUCCGUCCGUUCGUCACCCAGUCCCAAAUACUGACAGUAAAGGGAAACCGCCACUUCAACCAACGAUCAGGAGGUUGGAUCACCAUGUAUGCCCCACCGGGUUCUACUGUUCCUGGAGGCCGGAGGAGGAGAGGGGGCACCUCGCUGCCCAAGCAGCCGGAGCGGAGCCUGGUGUCGGCGCUCCCCGGAGCUCUGUCCAUCACAGCGCUUUGUACAGCUCUAGCGGAACCGGCCUGGCUCCGGGUUCAUGGAGGCACCUGUCCGAGACAAGAGCUUGGAGUGGCAGAUGUCCUGGGUUACACUGACCCCAAGCUUCUGGACGAUUUUUGUAUGAACCCACAGACCAUCUUGCUGCUGAGGGUGAUUGCUGCCUUCUGUUUCCUGGGCAUCAUGUGCAGUCUGACUGCUUUCCUCUUGGAUGUGUUUGGGCCCAAGCACCCUGCUCUGAAGAUCACACGCAGAUAUGCGUUUGCACAUAUUCUCACAGUGUUACAGUGUGCCACAGUGAUAGGCUUCUGCUACUGGGCCUCAGAGCUCAUCUUGUCACUACAGCAGCAACACAAAAAGUACCAUGGCUCUCUCAUAUACGUCACUUUCGCCAUCAGCUUUUAUCUGGUGGCAGGUGCGGGUGGAGCUUCUAUCCUUGCCACAGCUGCAAAUCUCCUGCGCCACUACCCCACCGAGGAGGAGGAGCAGGCUUUAGAGCUGCUCUCUGAGAUGGAGGACAGCAGUGAAACCUUUCCAGCUGAUUAUGAUAUUGCCAAUCAGUUUCAGCCACCACCUGCCUACACGCCCUAAUACCACCAGCUUCUCUGUCAGCACAGCUACUGGCUUGAUGAGCAAUCCUCACUCUUUAUCAAAUGGAUUUCUUUGCAAAUGCUCUCUAGAAUGAACACAGUAUGUGCACAGACUCCUUGACUGACAGUGCUUAGGUGCAUGAAAGCUUUCUUUAGUGGUGGCAGAAAUUUAGGAGAUGAUUCUUACUUUCACCACUGAAGUUGUUAGUGAUUUGCAUGUAAAUGGCUUUUAGGGUUUGGUCCUUACAUGUAAAGCAAACUUAAGUGCAAGGAGUGGUCCACACAGUUCAUUAGAAGUGACCGAUGAAUCAGCCACAGCCCGUUCUAAAGCAGACAUUGAAGCUGGGCUGUCGGCAGGUUGUCAGCAGUUGUGUUGCUCUUGGUUGGAUGCAGAUGGAGCUUUGUUAAGCAGCAUUUGGAUUUGAUUUUUAAUAUGCUUGCCACAUGUAUGUUUUUAUUGUAAACAAGUACAGAAAUACACUGAAGAAAUAAAUAGUUUGACAAUUUUGAAAAUAAAAGAUCAAAUGGACCUUAUUUAUUAUUUAGCUGUCUGUGCUCUCUUACUUUUCUUCUUCUGCUUUGUAGACAUCUGUCACUGGUUUAGUCUUAUUUAACCACUACCUGUACUUGAAAUAACACAAAAAUUGUCAAAUGUAAGACAGGUCUUUGUGGUGUUUUUAAAAAAGGAUUAUGGCAUGUGUAUGUGCUGAGAGCUUAGAAAUCACAUAGAAAUGGCGAAACAUGGGUGACAUUUGGUUACAGAAACGUCCCAUGUAAGUUGGUUGUGUCAUGUUUCUUGUGUUUGAUUUUACAAAACAAACUUCAUUUGUACUUUAUGAUUACCAUGUGUGACCAUUUCAGUAUGUAAUUUCUAUGCAUGAGUUCUUUUGUGUCUAACUUUUAAACCUCCAGGCUGAAUCUGAUGAGAUGAUCUCAGAUAAAGCUCCAGUUGAGGUUUAAAACUGAUUGAUGUGGUGAUUCUUGUUGGCUGUAUAUUGUUCUGUUUACACAAUGAUUUUUUUGUUGCAUUUUGUUCCUGAAGUUGUCACAAUACUUUCCUCACUAGUAUGUAAAUAUUGUUUCUACAUGAAAAAGUCAUAAUAAAUUAAAUGCCAAA